UCCAUUUCUAUCCGCGCAACCGACAUGAACGCGGCGGCAAGUCCAAUUGCUGCGACGCCAGCAUCAACGGAGAUGGACCUCGCCGAGCCUGAACAUUCUCCUAUUCACACGCCCACCACUGAAUACAGCUCUAGCAAGCGGAAGCGAGACGGCGAGCCUUCUCCCGUGAAGUGUACGCAGUGUUCAAGCUUUGACAUCAAGUACCGAUGUCCCAGGUGCGAACGCAUCACAUGCUCGCUGGCAUGCUGCUUGGCACACAAAAAGCAGUUUGAUUGCGACGGCAAGCGGGAUCGCACCAAGUUCAUUGCCUUAGCGGACUUUCAAGACGCCGACAUGUCCAGCGACUUCUUCUUCCUCCAAGAGAUUUCGCGGUCGACGAGUGCCGUUCAUCUCGAUGUAGCGGUGAAGCCACCGCCGCCAUCAAAGAGAUCGAAGGGGCACAAUCACAAGAGUCCACAUAAUACAGGCAAUCUCACCACGCUAUCGGUGAACCCUGAGCUUCCCGCUGACUACUUGAAACGAUUCCCGCCCUCCGUCCAGUCGUUUGUCCAGCAAGCGAAGAAGCGAGGGGUGUUUGUGCAUUUGCACGCGCCCGGCAUGUCACGCCACAAGGCCAACACGUCCACGUACAACUCCAAGGAGAAUUGUGUGCUGUGGCGUUUGGAAAUGCACUUUACCGACGUGGCUGAGAUCGUCACGAUUGUCGAGCCCAGGUGGUCCGAGCGCUUGUCCCUGUGUGACGUAAUCACCAAGCAUUUGUCCGUGACUUUGGAGAAUGUGCCCCUUCGCACCAAGUUGAAGCCCUAUUGCAAGCUGGACGUCGCGACGGAGUGGCUGUUUUUGAUCAAAAAGGAGUUUGCCCCGGCGUCCGCGCCACAGUACUAUAAACUCGACCCGACGAUGCCGCUCGGUGACAGCUUGAAGCACCUGGCGAUCGUCGAAUUCCCGACUGUCCUUGUCACGCUUGCGUCCCGCCGACAUGAAUAUACGUUUGCCCAUCGAGCCAUCGAAGUCGUGGACGCCGUGGCUGCUUCCACCGCUUGCGACACAACGGCGCCACCCCUCGUCACCGAGGUCUCUUCCACCCAAGCGCAAGAAGAUGUAAAUUAAGUUAACACGUCGAAUCUCUGUCAGCAAGGGAUUUGCUUGGACCACUUCUGCCCGAC